AUGACUGAUAGCACUGAGCCGUCAGUGGAGGACUACCUCGUCCAGUAUGUGGUAGUACGAAAGGAUCUCAUGAAGGAUAAGAAAGUGUGGAAUCAAGGAGCUAUCAUAGCUCAGGCUUGCCAUGCAUCAACCGCGGCAAUUUUCGAGAGUAUGAAUGACCCCAAUACAGUGAAGUACCUAUCCGAUAUAGACAAUAUGACGAAGUGCGUGCUGAAGGCUGAUGACGAGGCAACUCUCCGUGGUCUAUCCGAGGAGCUCACGACGGCUAAGAUUGCCCAUAAGCUGUGGAUAGAGCAACCAGAGGAUAUCCCAACCGCUCUCGCCACUGCUCCUGCGUACAAGUCUUGUGUCGGAGGCUUCUUUAGAAAUCUCAAGUUGCUUCGGUGA